AUGUCUAAUUCACUCUUAUUGAGAUUGUUUACUUCUGAGUAUUUCAAUGCUUGGAUUGCUAUUUCUUAUCUAUUCAAAUACCCUGAUAACGUUGGAAUACAACAUUAUUUAUGCUCUCAACUAAAGAAAUUCCCAGUCAAUGAAAUUGAGUUCUUUUUACCUCAACUCAUUCAUAUACUCAUCACAAGACCAACUGAGGCUGUUGCUGUUGAAGCUUACUUGGUCAAUGCAUGUGAAAGAUCAACUCAUAUGGCCAUUAUGAGUCUCUGGUAUCUACAAGCAUACCUUUCAGAUUUAUCAACCAACCCAACCAAUCCUUCAUUUCAACUAUGCAAACGAGUAUUAAACCGAUGUCAGGCUAUUUUAUUCGCAGCUGAUAAUCCACUAGAGGAAGCUCAAAGAGUGCAUGAACACGUUGCACCUGCCUUCGUUGGCAUAGGCGCUUUACUCGCCGCUAUUGGUCUACCCGCUGCUGCCAAACCGAUCGGAAACCUUGCGAUCGCUCAGGGUCGAAUGAUCCACUUUCACACUGACGAGGACCAUGUUGUCCACACUCACAAGUUUACAGCCACAUUAGAGGAUUUACAUCGAGGAAAGGCGUUUACUCGACUGAGACGAUCUCGAAAGAUCACGCUUGUAUCACAUGAUGAAAACGCACCCUCUCAGCUACUGACAGAUAUGGAGAACAUGAAAGUCAUGGCUCAGUCCUCUGUACCUACCAGUCAGGACGUCAUGUCGUUACCUCAAUCGCCUGUCUCACGCAGCUCGUCCUUUGACGAGGAUCGUGUCUUGCUUCGUUCCAAUUACUUUCGUUCCGAGAUGCAGUUCCUUCUGGCCCUUGUCGAUAUCGCCACUCGACUGGUAAUUGUGCCUAAGCCAGCCAGACAGAGUGCGCUUCAUGCUGAACUUACCUUGCUCAACCACAAUUUACCUGCGGAGAUCUGUUUACCCCUUUGGUGUCCAGCUACAGACGAUAGACCUUUUCAUCAUCGCGUUGUGCGCAUCAGUCCUACAGACGCCGUUGUCUUGAACUCUGCAGAAAGGGCACCGUAUCUGUUGAUGAUCGAAGUAUUGGAUGACGAACUCAGUCUGGACCCACUCAGUCAAUCCAAACAAUGUCAAACGGUUGACCUCGACCCACCCAUCGAGACAGAAGAGACGCCAGUUGUGGAAAGUGAUACCUCGGCAGCCCCUCUUCCUGCAUUUGAUGCCGAAGAAUUUGCAGAAAAGAUGAAGACAGCUGCCAUCCUUCUCGCUCAACUUCAGCAUGACCCCAAUCCUGAACGUGACACGAUCCGUCAAAAGAUCAUUGCCGAAAUGGUCGCUCUAGAAGAGGAUCGAUUGGCCAAGAUGACAGCAGGUAUUCAUGUUGAUAGUAAACACACACUCGAUUACCAGGUUGCUCUCGAUCGUGAAGAUCCCAGUGCAGCUGUCUUUUCCGAAUCUUGGAGUGUAAAAAGAGAGCGUAUUCGGGCUUCAUCGCCUUAUGGCCAUUUACCAAAUUGGCGAUUGAUCUCGGUCAUUGUCAAACAUGGAGCGGAUUUACGUCAGGAACAGUUGGCUGUGCAAUUGAUACGUGAGAUGCAAAAGAUUUGGCAGGAUACACAUGUCGAUGUCUGGGUGCAAUAUAUUCGAGUCUUGGUCACCUCAGAUCAUUCAGGGUUGAUUGAAACCGUAAAGAAUUCAAUUUCAAUUCACUCGAUCAAGAAGGAAGCCUAUACUAAAAAAUGGAAUGAAGAAGGAUCUGUGUUUACACUCAAGGAUUAUUAUAUCAAGAAAUUUGGACCAGAACAUAGCGAAGGGUUCAAAAGGGCUCAAGAUGCAUUCAUGCGAAGUUUAGCAGGAUAUUCAAUCGCAUGCUAUUUGAUGCAGAUCAAGGAUCGACAUAAUGGCAACUUACUGAUUGAUGAUCAAGGCCACAUUGUCCAUAUCGAUUUUGGUUUCAUUCUUUCAAACUCACCAGGGUCUGUUGGCUUUGAAAUGGCACCUUUUAAACUUCCCCAAGAAUACCUCGAUCUUUUAGGCAACAAGUUUGGUGAAUAUAAAUCACUGAUGAAAGCUGCAUUCUUGGCUGUUCGUAAACACUGUGAUAAUAUUUUAUUAUUAACCGAAAUGAUGUCAAAAGACUCUAAGCUGCCUUGUUUUCAACAUCAUGGCGCACUGUCGCAACUCAAGGAGAGGUUCCAGCUGCAUCUGACAGAUACACAAGUAGAAUCGUUUGUAGAUAAAUUGAUCAUGAGUAGUUGCUGUAAUGUAUUUACUAGACUUUAUGAUACUUUUCAAUACUAUUCACAGGUACAAGAAAAAAGUAUUAAAAAAAGAGAGGUAUAUUUAUUAUUUUGUGUAGGGAAUAUUGUAAAAUAA